UAAUUUUUUAUUGAAGCACCAAACCGAUUUGAUUAAGAAUCACAAUAUGAAUGGAACACCGCCUAAACUGAGUUUUGAAAUAACGAAAUCUUCGGAAAUAACCAAACUGAUUUCAGAUGGGAUCCGCGCUGCUGAGGCUCUCGAGGAGAGCCUACUGAGGAACCAAUCGAUCAUCUCCGCACCACCGACACACUUAAGAGAUAACAACAUCAGCAACAACAACAACGAUAAUAUUGGCUCUAGAAUACCAUCGAAACCAUUGCUGGCUCCAGCCAGACCCGAGAUUUUGCAUGGCGAAACUCAUUCAUUGAAACCAUCAUCCUCAUCCACUGCAUCGGCUCAUUCGAAACUUCCCAUUUUCGCAGCACCGCAAUCGCCUGUCAUUGUUAACUCUCAUUUGCAUCAGCGUUUACAAUAUCCGCAUCUGCACCACACACACUACCCAUUCCCUCAUCCACACCAUUAUCACGCUCAUACUGCACUGCAACUGCAUCAUAAUCUAACUAGUAAUCUUCCAGCUUUGGCGCAAAAAACAAUUAGCUUAUCCGAAUAUCUACGUCCACCACAAAAUGCUCCGCUUUUCCAUCCUGUCAAGUUGCCCGGACGUCGACCCUUUCCCGGCCCCAUCAAGAAGGUGCCUGCCUCUAGGCCAGUGUUGCCGCAACAGCAUCCGCCACCUGGUGGACUACUGCCACAGUCAUCGUUGAUUGUUAACCACUAUCGGAAGCCUGUGCCCAGCCUGUUGAAGCCCUUCCUUAAGGAAAAACUCUUUCCCAUACAGCCGAUAGCAGCUUCGGUAUUGCUAUUGGGUCAACCAACGGAGCUUAACGGCAUUGGACAAAGAAAAACUGAUGCCGCAGAGCGCGCCAAAAUCAAGUCGAAGCCCGUUAUCCCGUUACCCGUGCCGUAUGUAGACCUAGAGCCUCAGGCAUCACUCAAGGCCACUUCCUAUUUUAAGUCAAACACGAAUGUGGAGAAACCAGUUUUAAGCACCACUACAACGACGACUAUACCAAUAAUCAAACGUCCGGUGCCGGAAGAACCAUCGCCUCAACAAAUUGCCAGCAUGCGUCCGGCAAUAAAUCAAGGAUUUAAGCCUGAUUCCGUUGUUGUUGAGAGCGGCUUCCGUCCAAUUGUGCGUAAUGAUGGCACCGGCGUACAACUACCACCUGAGUUAAUUGAUCAGGUAGCUCACAGACGCGAGGAUCCUGGCUCUGAAAUUGACGAAGUAAUGGAAACAGAUACGCUUUUCCUAACCGCACAGCAAAGUGGCAGUGAGACCCAGAGCUUUGAGCCCAUGUUUAUUCCAUCUCCCUUGGACAGCACCAAUGCAACAAUGCUAGCAUUGAGUACUAAGGAGGAAGUCGUCGACCCGUUGCCAGAGUCCCCAUCUCCGCUAAGAUUGCCUUCAGUCGCAAUCAAACAUGCACUGCCAGAGGCAGCUGAGCUUAGAAAGCCAUCGCUUGAGGAACUGUUUCUUGAAGGCGAAGAAGAUGAUGUUCAAAGUGAAGCAGUGGGACAGGAUAAACGGCCGACUUCAACAAAUAAGCCAACUAUAAUUGAAAAAAAACAAGGUUCCUCAGAAACAGCCAUCGGCGCCGGUGAAGAUCUGGACUAUGAUGACGUAGGUAGCCUAUUCGAGCCAUCAGCGGAAGAAGAACACCAUAUGCAGGACUCUUUAGCUGACGACCUGCAAAUGGAACCCGACGAAAAGAUAGCAGAAGCAGCCGAACGCAUAGAUACUUACUACUUGCCACCCGAUAAUCGGAAAAUACCACAAGCUGGAAUUCCCAGCGGUGCCGUUUACACCUUUGAUGGGAAAUCUGUGGUGGAUGCCACAUUGGUGCUGCCACCAAAACUGGACGCACGCGACAGUGGACACUCGCGUCACACCCAUUACGGGCUAACCCCAUUAGAGAAGCUAAUACGUACCACUCCACAGUUUGGCGCUUAUCGUGGCGAUCUGCCAGAAGACUUCCUCUCAACUACUCAGGCAGGUGUUCGACCAGUUACGGAUUAUACGAGCCCAGGACGUCUAAGUAGCAGCAGCACCGACAGCACUCUUCAUUCACAUUCAUCGCCAUUACUAACAUCGUCAUUGCGGCCCAUUUCGACCAAGUUGCACUUGCUCAAGCCCAACAUAAACGAUAAUAGCACGUAGACAGAGAGAUAGAGAAGGAGAGACAGAGUUGGCAACACAGGUGCGCAAUAGUUUAAUUCAUUGAUUAGAUAAGCGUUUACAACUGCAAGCAGUUAGCAAUUGAAUUUGUAUUCAUAACCAUAUACCAUAACAAAUCCCGUAUUAGAUGUAGUCACCUCUUGAUAUGUGUUUAAAUAUUAUGAUGCUCUUAAUUUUAAUAAAACACAACAAUUUUACA